UACGAACCUGGGAGCGCCUGGGAAGUGAAUUAGCUAUCGGUUGACGCCACAUGGAGGAACGGUCGUCCUUGUCAUUUGAGCAGUGUGAUGAACAGACAGUCAGACUGAACUCUGGAGUGAAGAAUCAGGAAGAAGGAAAAGCACACGAAAGACGCCAUUGAGAAGUGCUUUGAUCUUUCCUGACCACCUUUGUUUCCCCUCUGCAAUCAGCAGGCGCAAUGGCUUCCUCUCUUGCCCGUGCUUCGACCAGUGUGGCCGCCACCUCGGUGGCUGGGUCGGCAGCGGCCAGCCAGACUGUGCAGGUCAGGAGCUUUGUGUCUGGCAUCCCAAUGAGGGGCAGCGCUUUCAGGGGCCAGAGGCUGGCUGCGGUGCAGUCUGGGCACAGGACAGUAAUGGAGGAGAAGAGCACCGCUGUUAAGCCGCCAGAGGGAAAGGCUGAGAAGAAGCCUUUCACCCCCCCCACCUUGGACUCAUCUAUCCCUUCUCCCAUCUUCGGCGGGUCCACCGGCGGUCUGCUUAGAAAGGCUCAGGUUGAGGAGUUCUAUGUCAUCACUUUCGAGUCACCCAAGGAGCAGAUCUUUGAGUUGCCAACCGGGGGCGCUGCCAUCGCUCGCAAGGGACCCAACCUUUUGAAACUUGCCAGGAAGGAGCAGUGCCUGGCUCUAGGAACGCAGCUUAGGAACAAGUUCAAGAUCAACUACCAAUUCUACAGGGUGUUCCCCAGCGGUGAGGUCCAAUACUUGCACCCUAAGGACGGAGUGUACCCUGAGAAGGUCAACGCUGGCAGGAAGGGCGAGAACAUGAACAUGAGGAACAUUGGGUCAAACGCAAACCCUGCCGAUCUCAAGUUCACAGGCAAGACACCAUAUGGCGAGCCUGCUGAUAUGAUGGGCUCAGCAUAGGCAGCACGUCUGUGAUCUGUGCUACAAGAGCGUAAUGAGCAAUAACAGAACAGAACAGCAAGCCUACAUUGAUACAGGCAAGUCAGCCACCCUCGAAUGCAGACCAGCAAGUAGCGGUGACAUCACAUUGAGUUUUUCGGGCGAGCUGGGGCCUCAUCCUCCCUGUCGGGAUGAUUGCGGCCUUGUGCUAUUGGUCGGGCUUCAGAUACGGAUGUUUGUGUACAUAGAAUUCAACGUAAGCAGCAAUGGUUCUCGAGAUCUUGAGAGCCUGGUGUCAACGUUUUUCAUAUUCCCUUCAAGAACUCAUUGACGCAUGUCGGCUGCCAUCUUGAUUCAACACCAUCUGCGCUUGCAAUGCGAAUCAA